AUGAACAUCAUCGUCACAGACUCAGUGUUAAAAAUCGACAAAAGUAAUAACAAGUGCAGUGAAGUGUUAGAUACGUCAGCAUUGAUGCGCGAACAUCCCCGCGUAUUCAACGAGUCCCUGGGAAGGCAUGUGAGCGCGCGCGCGAUGCUGCGCGUGCGACCGGACGCGCAGCCCGUGUUCCGACGCGCGCGCCCGCUACCGCUAGCACUGCGCGCGCCCGUCGACGCCGAACUCGAACGCAUGGAGCGAGCAGACAUUCCAGCCACCGCCGCCGGGCGGCUCAUCAGGUGGGCGCUACUGUUGUCGGGCUACCAGUACGAUAUUGAGUACGUAAAAUCAGCAGACAAUAUAGCAGAUGGACUAUCUCGCUUACCAUUACCCUUAGUUGAUCAAAGCGACGCCAGCGAUGAUUGCAGCUUUGUACAGUUUAUAGAAAAUAAUUUCCCGAUUCGCGCGCUCGACGUUAAAAGAGAAACUGCCGCCGAUAAAGCACUCAAUGUAGUGCUACAGUACGUCAAAUCAGGUUGGCCGAAGACAGGAGUGGUAACAGACCUGCUCCCUUAUUAUAGAAGACGAGAUGAGCUCAACAUAGAAGGUGGGUGCCUCAUAUGGGGUUCUCGCGUUGUGGUGCCGGCGGCGCUGCAGGCAGCAGUGCUAGCCGAGGUGCACGGCGGACACCUGGGCAUUGUCAAGUGUAAGAGUAUCGCGCGGAGCUAUGUCUGGUGGCCUAGGAUAGACCUGGACAUCGAGCAGCUGUGCAACUCAUGCCGCGUCUGUGCAGAGACAGCAGAUGCACCCCCGCGAACAGAGGAAGGCAUGAUAUCUCGGCACACAAAUCAAUUGCGCGCACGCCACGAUUAUGGCACGGCGCCGACGGACGAGCCUAGCCACCGGCGCGAGGCACGCAACGACGGCGUGACCCCAGACGUGCACGUAGCCCCCCUGGCGGCGACUGGCAGUCCCGCACCCGCCACCAGCCCCAGACCGAUGCGCGCUCACAUGCCUGUUACGCGUUACGGUUUUGAAGACGUGUAUCCGUAA